AUGGCGCCAAGUGGCUGGACGCAUCCUGACCAAUGCCCCAUUCGAAUCAUCCAGGUGCGCACAUUGCGAGGCAUCCUGGCGGCAGACCCCGCACUCGCGCCGGGAGGCGACGCAGGGGAGGCUGCCGCGGGCGUCCUCAGCUGCACACUGACCGCCAUCACCGACAUGGCCGCGAGGCUCGUCAGGCUGAGGGUGCCCAGCCCUUCCGAUCUGGCGAGGAGCUGCGUGGAGGCUUGCCGGGUGGACCUCAGCGCUGAAGAGGUCUCCAGGUGGCUGGCGUGCCUGGGGCAGAUGGGAAUGACUGACGAUCAGAUGGCGUCGACACGGGAGGCAGUUUCGACCCACCUGAGCCAUCUCCAGGAAGUCUACAGGAAAAGGUCUGACAUCAACGAGAAGGCGAGGGAAAUCCUGCGGGCCUCGGGAGGCGACUCCGCCGUCCUCCGCAGGAGCAAGGCGCUGGUGUGGGACCGCCUGAUGGACAACGUCCGCCAAGAGCAGCAGGUCGCCGUGGACGGCCCGCGCCACUUGCUCCUCAGCAUCCUCACCCCUCCUCAGGCCGCGCGCCUGAUCGUGGAGAUGCAUCCAGGAGGAGUCGACAUGGUGAAGAUGGGGGUCGCCCUGGCCGCGCUGGCGUGCGGCGGCGACGGGGGCCAGAGCGAUCCAGAAGAAGGGUACCAAGCGCGGGCGGCAUCUCUGGCAUGA